AUGUCAGAAACUCGAAAUUCGCGGUCCUUGUUCGACUUGAGCUUUCAGGCUGGAGUCAUGUAUCGGCCAAACAUUACCGCCGUGUCCUGCGCUUCGUUCCUCGCCCUGUACGUAUCUGCCACAAUCGGUGUGCUCAACCUCGCCAAAGUCGUUCCUGCAGAUUUUCGUGAUUAUUUGUUCAGUCAAUCCCAUGCCACAUGGUCCCGAGAACCAUACUGCACAAGCCAUGGCCGAGAGUUUUGUGUCUACACAUCCAAUAUCACCAAGACGCACAGUCUUAGUAUGAUCUUCUCGCCUGAGGAUGCGGAAAAGGUGGCAAAGGCUGUUGAACUGGCCUCGAAUACUUGGCAAGAUCAGGCCGAACAACCGAGAGCCUGGCAAGUUGUCGACAUACCCAGCAAAGACAAAGGCGUGAUCGCAACACGGAAUAUGGGAAAGUACGAGACUAUUAUGGUGGAUCAUGCCGCUGUUGUCAUGGACGUUGACGUCUCGGAGGUGUGGAGCAGUCGUCUACUCAGAGUAGCUAUCGAUAGACUGCAGCUCCCAAACACCAUUCGCGCCCUAGGUGCUAGCGAAGGCGAUGGUCCACUGGAGCAGCGUGUCAUGAAGACCAAUGGAUUUGGAAAGACUAUCGCAGGCGUUGGAACAAAAGCGCUGUUUCCGCUCGCCUCAGUAGGAUCAUCUCGGCCAUAUGAGAAGUUUCAUUCUAAUGAAAUAGAGAAUCAAUCACGCGUGCAGGCCAAACGCAUACACCUGCCUGUCGGUCUUUCGUCUCAUGAUCGCAAGACUUUACUGCAACCAUGGGGCUUCACAUGUCACUGCGCAUUAUGCGAUUCAUCGCCCCUGACAAAGCGCGCGUCGGACAUACGCCGUAUACUCAUUGGCCAAUCUGAAGCAAAAAUUCUCGAAUGCGCCGCCACAGGUCGAGUAGACGAAGCGAUCAGACUGGCGGAAGAGACGGUGGGGUUGAUUACGGAUGAAGGCUUGGAAAGCAUGUUGACAGAUGAGUAA